AAAAAUUAAUUUUUUAAAAAAAAAUUACAAUUUGCGUCGCACGUAGCCCUAGGUGCGACGCAAAUCAAUCAUCUGCGUCGCACCAGAGGCAAUGUGCGACGCACAUUAAGCUAUGUGUUGGGCUGGUAAGAUCCACUUGCGUCGUACCGUAUAAAGGUGUGACGCAAAUAGUUGAACCAUUUGCGUCGUUUUCGCAUACGACGCAGAUUUAUUCUGAGUCAUUUGCGUCGAGGGCUUUGGCGUCGCACCAUAGUCCGACGCAAAUAGGCGCCUCACAUCCGACGCAAAUUGCCUUUUCUGUACUAGUGUUCAUAGGAGCUAUAGAUGGGACCCAUAUACGUGCAUCUGUUCCUCUUGAUAUGCAAGAGAGAUUUCGGGGAAGAAAGGAUAAGACAACACAAAAUGUUCUAGCAGCUGUUGAUUUUGAUCUAAAGUUCACAUAUGUCCUUGCUGGUUGGGAGGGUUUCACUCACGAUUCAAGGAUUUUGGGUGAUGCACUUAAAAAGGGGUUUAACGUUCCCGAAGGGAAAUAUUAUCUUGCCGACGCUGGGUAUGAGGAUCGUAAAGGUUUUGUGCCUCCAUUUAGACGUGUUCGUUACCACUUGAAAGAAUAUGCCAACAACCCUCCUGAGAAUGAACGAGAAUUAUUGAAUCUACGACAUUCUUCACUCAGAAUGUGUAUAGAGAGGGCGUUUGGAGUUUUGAAAAAGAGAUUUCGUGUCUUGGAUGCAGAGCCAUUUUGGUCAUAUGAAACCCAAGUAAAUGCGGUUCUGGCUUGUUGUGUAAUACAUAACUACCUUAGAGGGUUGAUCCAAAUGAUAAAAUUACAAGAGAGGCGGACUUAGAGAUUGCAUCACAAGAUACAAGAAGAUCACUUUCUAGGAAGGAAGUGCCUGAAGAAACCAAAGAGUGUAUGAAAAAGCGUGAUGCCAUAGCAUUGGCUAUGUGGAAUGCAUACAAAAAGCGUCGAACUAAUUAAAAUUGUAAUUUUUUAUUUCUUAAUUUGGUGAAGUUGUAUUAGUACUGAUUUUGCUCGUUCUUAUUAUUAUAAAAGGCAACAUGAGUAUUGCUUAAUUUAGUGAAUUUGUGAAUAACA